ACUCUGUUGAUACAAUCCGAUCGCCUCCACUGGUAUGGCCGACCGAGGCCUCGUUUAACAUUGCGUUGUAGCCUCGUCCCCCGACAUAUGUGUGCUAGCUGAAUCCGACGAACCCUUGUCUCGCCGGGCUGUAUAUACUCGAGUGGUGAUUAUCGUUGCGGUUUUGGCAUUGGUUGGCGGGGGAAUCGCUAUCGCUGUCGUCGUCCUAACCCAAUCCCCUGUCGAAACUUCGUCUUUUGCGGAAGGGAAGUCAGGGUUCAACUCCAGUACCUCAACUAUGGAGACCAAGGGCACUGAAAUCGCCCCCAACACAACAAUGGUGACACCGACAACUGCCUCCCCAACCACAACACCAAACAAUACGGUGGCUACUCCAACCACAACACCACACACCACGGUGGCUACUCCAACCACAACACCACACACCACGGUGGCGCCGACAACUGCCACCCCAACCACGACACCACACACCACUGUGACACCAACAACUGCCACUCCAACCUCUAAACCAAACACCACAUCCGUCCCCACAGCAGUCCCCGUCCUCACUGGUCUUGGCCACAUCUUGCCCAAACACAUGUUUCUCGAUGCAUUUCCCAAUGCACACCCGUUGUACACUUACGAAAAUCUGUUGGCGAUGGCGACAAAGUACCCCGAGUUUGCCAGCACGGGCGACGUCACUGCCGAUCGACGAGAAGUCGCCACCUUCCUCGGACAUGUUGCUUUGGAAUCGGGGGACCUUCGGUUCGUGGAAGAGUUGAAGGUGUCGACCAUGUGCCAAGAGUCGCCAGAGUACCCGUGUGCACCUGGAAAGCAAUACCAUGGCCGGGGAGCAAUACAAUUAUCUUGGAAUUACAACUACAAGGACUUUGGCAAGGUGGCCAAUAUCGAGUUAGUGCAGUUUCCCGAGCUCGUUGCAACCGACCCAGACCUGCUGUGGUGGAGCGCCUUGUGGUAUAGCAACGACGACAGGUGGAACGGCAACAUCCACAAAGUGGUCGGCAGGCCGGGGGGGUUCGCGUACGUGACGUUUAUGAUCAAUGGAGGCUUGGAGUGUGGACUGAACCCAUCGAACAAAAAAUCGGAAGCGACCCGCAUUGCCAACUACGUCAAGUUUUGCAGCAUGCUGGGCGUCGACCCUGGCGACAACUUGUCGUGCCAGACAGCAGCCUACCCCCCAAAGAAUCUCUGGAUAGACCCCCCAACCAAGAGGCUCUGAGAAUUGCAACAACACCACGCAUGUUUAUUUAUUAUAUGUUCAUUGGUACAGUAUGUGGGGCAACGUGUAGUAGUAGUCGUACGUACUAUUAAUAGUACUAAAUUACUACUAGUAUGUAGUAUUGUGCUUUUACCCCA